AUGCGUCCAACGCAACGCCUGCGCCUUGACGCCUUCAUGGUCUUGGCCUUCUCGAUGUUCUGUUCGGCGACUGAAGAACUCUUCCUUGCUCAUCAGCACCUCCUUGAUGUCCACCGUCGCGUCGGCGUUAAUGUAUUCGACAUCUUUCUCGGCACCCGCAAACUCAUUGCCAGGGGAGUUCGGCUGCGUGAUGUUGGGGGCGAGGAUGUCCAACAUAUCAUGCGAACCGCUCGAGUCGAGGCCUUUGUUCGCGAAGCCUUGUGUCUGGAUCAUCGUGAACUUGCUCAUCGGGAUUUCCUUGCCGUUGUCCACUAUGGUGCCCAUCAUUUCGCCGAGGUCCUCGGAGGACUGUCGUCUAGUGUCGGGCGGGUGGAGAUCGACAAGCGAUGUCGCCUUGGACUUGAGUGCCGCGGUGCAUUUAUCCGCAAUGACACCGCUGCCUUUAUCGUCUAUGGCAGACGUUGCAUCCAAGUGCACAACCUCAUAGGAGCCGUCGUUAUCAGGUGCUUCUGGUCUGUAAACAUCCGAAUUGAGCGGCAGCGACGGGAAGACCAACUGCCCCAAAGGCACGCUGACAUCACGUGCCAAGCCGAGAAUGUACUCCUCGACGGUCUUGCCGGUGACGCGGCGAACGAGUUCUCCCAUGAUCCACCCGAAGUAGAGGUAGCCGUAGUUCGUCAUGCCAAUGGCUUCUUUGUGCAAAUUAGCCUGCUGAAUGUCCUUUAUCAUGGUUUCGUAGUCCAGGUUCUCUAUGAGGAGGAUGUUGGGGUACGGCAUCACCAGCCCGGAGGAGUGGUUCAGCAUCUCCCUGAUGGUGACCUGCUCCUUGUCAUUCUGCCCGAAUUCAGGCCAAUGCUUGCUGAUGGGGUCGUCCAGAGAGACGUCGUAAUGCGUCGUGAGGUUCAGGACGGCAGUGGCUAUCAGCCCGUUCAUCAUGUGGCUGACCUGGAAGAGCGCCACGGAGUUGACGGGCCUGCACUCGUACCUUCCCAUCGACCCGUGCGCCAAGUCCACCUCAACCGCUCCAUUGCGAAUGACACAUACCUGCGCCGCCACCAGCAGGCUGCUGUCCUUCGCUAUCGGCGUAUAGUACACGUUGUACAGCGCAUUGCCGCUGUUCUUGUACAGAAUCUGCAGGAAGGGCAGCCGCACCUUGAGCGUGAUAGCAUAGUUGCGGUACUCGGAGACGACCUUCAGCAGAAUGGGGAAGAAGUUCGGCGCGUUGAUGAUGAAAUCCUUGAUGAAGAUGCGCCCCUGGUAGUGCCAUUCGCCGGCCUUCUCGUCUUCAGAGACAAGGUUCAUCGAACCGUCUUCCGCGCAGAAAUCCAUGACCUUGCUGAAAUCGGACGAGAAGAUGUUCAGCAGCGACUCGAGGAAACGCUCGUAACUGAAGUCCUUGUGGGCCGUCAUGUCGAAGCCCGCCUCAACGAAACCCAUGAAGCACCCUAUGGUAUCACCGAUGCACAUAGCGUAGGUGAGGUGGCACAGCCCAAUACGCUGCUUGGUCGUCAGCGACUGGGUCAUACCCCAAUCAAGCAGCACCGGGUAGAACUUGUUGUCCACUUUGCUGCGCGUCAGCAGCACGUUUCCCGGGUGGGGGUCGCCGUGAAACUUUCCCGACGACAGGAUCUGGUAUAUGGCAAAGUCCUGAAUGUCGUACACGAUGCCCGACGCAUCGAUGUUGUUAUCCUGGAAAAACUUGACAUCGGUCAUCUUGUAGAGCUCGAAGAACUCCAUGGUGAUCACACGCUUCGAGCAGUACUUGUCGAAAACGCGUGGCACCACUAUGGGGAUGCCGGACACCUCAGCGUCCACGCCGGCGAGCCGGCAGCUCUCCGCCUCGAUUUUGAAAUCUAUUUCUUGCAAGGCCGCAGCCGUGUAAUCGUCGAUCGAUGCGAACAUCCUCUGAUAUGUGCCCAUACUUUGGGCGACCCACAAAAUCAUCUUUAA